AGCACAGUUCAAAUUCAAAAGUCGAACAGAAAAGAGCUCUGAGCGAAGUUAAAGCAACUUAGCUUGAAAAGCAAAACUAAAAAGCAUCUACAUAAAAGAAAAGGGAGAAAACACCUUUGCAAGUCAUACAAGUUCAUUCAACCUAACCAAAGAAAAUAUUUUGUUUAACAUCUACGAAAACCUAACUUGAAAAGCAAAAGCAAAAAUGGCGCUAUCUACUCUUCUAUCGCUGGUGGACGAACUCCAGGAGCCCCGCUCCCCCAUUUACGAGUUUGGAUUGGGAAUAAACCCAUAUUCCCGCUACCUGCAGCCACAUGGCAACCAACAUCGCCGUUCGAUUAACGGAUGUCCAUGCGCCUCGCCCAUUUGUCCUUCGUCGCCCGCCGGCCAAGUUUUGGCCUUACGUCGCGAGAUAGCCAACCAAAACGACAUCCAUUGGCCAGCAACCAGCCAGGUGGGCAAGGAUGGAUUCCAGGUGUGCAUGGAUGUGGCCCAGUUCAAGCCGAGUGAACUUAACGUCAAGGUGGUGGAUGACUCCAUUUUGGUCGAAGGCAAGCACGAGGAGCGCCAGGAUGACCAUGGCCAUAUAAUGCGCCACUUUGUGCGCCGCUACAAAGUUCCUGAAGGCUACAAGGCGGACCAGGUGGUGUCGCAACUCUCCUCGGAUGGCGUGCUCACCGUCAGCAUUCCCAAGCCGCAGGCCAUCCAGGACAAGUCCAAGGAGCGCAUCAUCCAGAUCCAGCAAGUUGGACCUGCUCACCUAAACGUUAAACCGAAUUCCACUGAGCCAGGCAAGGAAAACGAGCUGAAAGGCAAGGAAAAUGGAGCCAGCAACAAAGCCACCGCCAAGUAGAGAAUCUGCAAGAGAAUCUGCUUCACAAAGAAACCCUCAAAAAUCAUCCAUCAUUCCCCCAAAAAUCUGUUCCUUAUUUAUUCCAUCGCAUUUGUAAUGAGCUAAAGACUUAAAAAAAAACAACUUAAUAAAACCAUUAUUCACCUGGUGUGAAAAAUUGAAA